AUGUCGCUGUCUCUACCCGGUCCUUCCCAGGCCGGCCUCUUCAAGCCAGGCUACCAAAGCCAUGAUGCUGAAGAUGGUGCCGUUAUCCGCAACAUCGAGGCCUGUCAGGCUAUCUCCCAGACCGUCCAAACGUCGCUUGGUCCGUAUGGCCGCAACAAGAUUGUCAUCAACCACCUGCAAAAAAUGAUUCUCACAUCAGACGCCGCUACAAUCCUGCGCGAGUUGGAAGUGGUUCACCCGGCUGCUAAGCUGCUGGUGAUGGCGAGUCAACAGCAGGAUGCGGAGAUGGGUGACGGAACCAAUCUAGUUAUUGUGUUGGCGGGUGAACUGCUGAAGAAGGCUGAAGAAUUGCUACGGUUGGGUCUGAAGACGAGUGAUAUUGCUCAGGGUUACGAAAAAGCACAGAACUUUGCACUUAAGGUGCUGGAAGAUCUCGCCGUGGACCGUUUACAGGACAUGCGCUCCCAGGAAGAACUCACCAAGGCCCUCCGCACGGUAGUCGCCAGUAAGCAGUCCGGUACUGAGCAGAUCCUCGCUUCUCUUGUUGCAGAGGCCGUUCUCGCCGUCCUCCCCAAGAACCCCCUCAACUUCAACGUCGAUAAUGUCCGCGUCGUGAAGAUCAUGGGAGGCAGUCUGGAACAGUCCCGCGUAAUCAAGGGUAUGGUGUUCGGCCGCGAACCCGAAGGUGCUAUCAAGAAGGCCCAGAAGGCCAAGGUUGGUGUAUUCAGCUGCCCGAUCGACAUCUCCCAGACCGAGACCAAGGGCACCGUCCUCCUCAAGAACGCCCAAGACAUGCUUGAUUUCACCAAGGGUGAGGAAGAACGCCUCGAAUCUGCCAUCAAGGAGCUCUACGACUCCGGCCUCCGCGUCGUCGUCGCUGGCGCCCAAGUCGGCGACCUAGCCCUCCACUACCUCAACCGCUUCAACAUCUGCGUGGUCAAGAUCCUGUCCAAGUUCGAGCUCCGCCGUCUCUGCCGCGUCGUCGGCGCUACGCCCCUCGCUCGCCUCGGCGCCCCCAUGCCCGACGAAAUGGGCUCUAUCGACGUCGUCGAAACCACCGAAAUUGGCGGCGACCGUGUCACCGUCUUCCGCCAGGAAGACUCCACCGCCGUCACCCGCACCUCGACCAUCGUACUCCGCGGCGCAACCCAGAACCACCUCGAUGACGUCGAGCGCGCCAUCGACGACGGCGUCAAUGCCGUCAAGGCCAUCACCAAGGACCCCCGUCUCGUUCCCGGCGCCGGCGCAACAGAAAUCCAACUCGUCGAGCGCAUCUCCGCCUUCGCGGACCGGACGCCUGGUCUCCCUCAGCACGCUAUCCGCAAAUACGCCGAGGCAUUCGAGGUCAUCCCACGCACGCUCGCCGAAUCUGCCGGUCUCGACGCAACCGAAGUUUUAUCCCGUCUCUACACCGCGCACCACCGCGUCAACACCACCGAGAAUGGCGGAGAGGAAGAAAAGCCUACUGAGGAUGGAGAGGAGCCCUACUGGACUACUGGAAUUGAUCUUGAGGGGACCUUGUCGUCGGCUGGCACUUUGGACUCUGUGGAAGAGGGCAUUCUCGAUCUGCUUGCUUCCAAGAGCUGGGCUAUCCGUCUGGCUAGUGAGUCGGCCAGGACUGUUCUCAGCGUUGACCAAAUCAUCGUUGCUCGACAGGCUGGUGGGCCUAAGCCUCCUGGUCCCAACCCUAACUGGGAUGAGGACUAA